CGAGAGGCACUUAACCCACAGAUAACCUGCAUGUGUCCCAGUUAUGUAUCAUUACUCCAUCUGUUUGAUAAGCCUAGGGUGUUUUUUUUCUCUCUGUUUGUACUAAGCAAGUGAAACAGUUAAGUCUGAAGUUCACGGUGAAGCAGCCUGUGCACUUCAUUCAGAGUAUUAGCUACGGCCAGCUUCAUCCAAACAAAAUGGGCGUCCUUUUUGGAUUAUACAUCUUGGGGAUUAUAUUCACAGCCGUUCUUUUACUUCUGUUGGCAUCUACUACAUAUCAUCCACUUAAAAAUUAUAUAGGAAAAUGGAAUGAAAUGAGACCAAUUCCAGGAAUGCCAGGCGCUUAUCCAAUCAUUGGUAAUGCACUGCAGUUCAAAACCAAUGCAGGCGAUUUUUUUAACCAGAUUAUUGAGGGCACAAAUGAAAACAGACACCUUCCUCUAGCAAAGGUUUGGGUGGGUCCAGUCCCCUUUCUGGUCCUGUAUCAUGCAGAGAAUAUUGAGGUGGUCCUCAGCAAUUCCAGACACCUUGACAAGUCAUACUCAUACAGGUUCUUGCACCCCUGGCUCGGCACAGGCCUGCUCACCAGCACAGGGGAGAAGUGGCGUAACCGGCGUAAAAUGCUUACUCCAACCUUCCACUUCUCCAUCCUCUCCAACUUCCUGGAGGUGAUGAAUGAACAAACCGAUAUUUUGAUUCAAAAGAUGCACAAGCACAUGGACGGAGAACCAUUCAACUGCUUCAGCUACAUAACAUUAUGUGCUUUGGACAUCAUAUGUGAAACAGCAAUGGGAAAGAAGAUCUAUGCUCAGAGCAAUUCUGACUCUGAGUAUGUCCAAAGUGUCUAUAAGAUGAGUGACAUCAUCACCAAGAGACAGAGAGCACCAUGGCUGUGGCUAGACUGGAUCUACAACAAGUUAAAGGAAGGCAAAGAACAUUCCAAAAGACUGAAGAUUCUCCAUUACUUCACUGCAAGUGUCAUCAAGGAGAGAGCAAAGUUCAUGAGUUCUGAACCUGACAGUGAUUCUGACCAGGGGCCAAGGAAAAGACAGGCCUUCUUAGAUAUGCUGUUAAAAACUACUUAUGAGGAUGGACAGAAUUUAAGUCAUGAGGACAUUCAGGAGGAAGUGGACACCUUCAUGUUUGAGGGUCAUGAUACCACAGCAGCUUCAAUGAACUGGGCUUUACAUCUGAUUGGCUCCCACCCUGAGGUCCAGAAGGCAGUGCAGGCAGAACUACAGGAAGUGUUCGGUUCUUCAGACCGCCACGUGGGGGUGGAGGACCUGAAAAAGCUGCGCUACCUGGAAUGUGUCAUCAAGGAGAGUCUGCGGAUCUUCCCCUCUGUGCCUCUGUUUGCACGCAGCAUCUGCGAGCCCUGUCACAUCAAUGGGUUCAAGGUCCCAAAAGGAGUGAAUGCUGUUAUCAUACCAUAUGCUCUUCACCGGGACCCGCGCUACUUUCCAGAACCUGAGGAAUUUCGACCGGAAAGGUUUCUGCCAGAGAACAGCAAAGGGAGGCAUCCAUAUGCGUACAUCCCUUUCUCUGCAGGGCCAAGAAACUGCAUCGGCCAGCGCUUCGCCAUGAUGGAGGAGAAGGUAGUUCUUGCUACGAUCUUGCGUCGCUUUGACGUAGAGGCGUGUCAGAGCCGUGAGGAACUGCGGCCUCUGGGGGAACUCAUUCUGCGUCCAGAGAAGGGCAUUUGGAUCAAACUACAAAGAAGAACCAAAUAACUCUCACCACCAUUAAAACUUAAGGUAGCUUUAGUUCUCAAAUCACUGACGUUCUAGAGAGUUGUUGUGCUGCUAUGAGCAAAUUCAAACACAGCUUACUGACUUCUUUUUCAUUUGCAUUUUCUGUGCUGAUUUUAUUGGAUAUUUUGUAGAACAAUGGAAAAGGAGAGCUGAGAGUACCAGACUUGUAUUGGUAGCUAAAGGCGUAAUCAAAUUAGUCUAAAUUUUAUAUAAACAAACACCCAAGGAGAGGCAGAAGUUUCCAUGUGGAGCUAGUUUUAAGUUAGAAAUAGUGUCGAUAGCACAAAAUAAGUCAAGAUGGGGUGAUCAGUUUGUUGACUACCCCAACACAGCUACUUACCCCAUAAAUGUAUAUAAUAUAUUGAUUUGAGUUUAAAUUAUUUCAUCAUGAGAGAAGAAAUAGACAGCUGAGUAUAGUACAUGAAACUUGCACAGCAAGUGCAACAACUAUAAAUUACGCAGUCUAGUGGUCAUUAAAUAACUACAUUUAACUACAAAAUGACUCAAUAUAACUGAUAUCAAAAUAUUUCAGAAUAUUAGAAUCAAGUCUGUAAAUCAACUGAAUUGAGGUAAAACUAUAUUUGCACUUACCUAUGUUUUGAAAACAAAUGUGUAGAUAUUUCAUAAAUCUUAAUGUUUUUUUCUGUUUUGCUGAAUGCAUGACCAAUAAACAUAAAAAUAUUUAAUUUAGUUUUACUUAAAUACUAAGCUUGCAUACAUUUAACAUGGCUGCAUACUGCUUUUCUUUCUUUUGAUCUGAACGUACAAAUUUGAUCAUUUGAUUUCAGACAUAUACUGCCAUUUAAAAGUUUUAAAGAAAUACUUUUAUUCAGCAAGUACGCAAUAAAUUGAUCAAAGGUGGUUGUAAAAACAUUGAAAGGGUUACUAAAGAUUUAUCUAUCAGAUUAUACAAAAUAGCAGAACUGUUUUCAACAUUGAUAAUAUUAAGAAAUAUUUCUUGAGCAGCAAAUCAGCAUAUUAGAAUAAUUUCUGAAGGAUCGACACUGACGACUAAUGGUUGCUGAAAAUUCAACUUUGCAUCACAGGAAUAAAUGACUUUUUAAUAUAUAUUAAAAUAAGCAAGCUAUUAUUCUGAUCAAAUAAAUCCAGUGAGCAUACGUGACUUCUUUCCAAAGCAUUACAAAUUUUACCAACUCCAGACUUUUGAACAGUAGUGUAUUUUAGAUGAUUGGAAAAGUACUUUAAGUUGCAGCCAGAGUUGCAAUAUUUGGUAGUCUCAAAUUCACACAUCUGUUGCAAAAAUGCCAAGCAAUAAAGCAUCUGGCAUUAAAGCCCUCAAGGCUCUCCAUUAUUAGUCAGCUCGAAUCACUGGACGAAAACAAAUCUUUGGCAAAAUACUAAACCGUGUCUGCACAUCCAGACAUACCAGAUACCAUUGGCAGCUUAUUCAAAUACACAGGUUGAAUAUAAGUAACUCUUUAAUCAAACUGACAUUCAUGUCAGUGGAAUGUCUGGAGGCUUUCAUUUAGUGGAAAUGUUUUCUUUAAUUAAAAGGGAAAUUUCGGUCUCUGUGUGUAUUUUGUCCUUGUCAACAAAACACUUUAAAAAAGCAGCUCAAAAUGAUUUUCAUCAAAAGAUCCAUUUAGCUCAGAAAUGUGACAUAAAACAUACCAUGCCUUUGAUAUUAAUUGGGGCAGUGAUUAUAAUUUGUUUGUUUAUCUGGAGCAUGAGCAACAACCGAAUUUGUCCUCGGGGAGAUUUUGCUAAUUAUAUGAAUUUGCAUGAAUAAGUUUCUCAGUCAUCAGUCUGUGAUGUCCAGUACCGAAUAUAUUUCUUUAAGCAUUUCUUCACAGCUUUUCUUUUGAUGCCGUCACCUGUAGAAUUGUGCUCUUGUUCUGAGCAGAAGCCACUAAUGCACUUUGAGCCUGUUCUCUCAGCUCAUUUGGAGUCAUUUGGGGUUGAUGGGUAAUAAGGAGCAGGGCUCCUCCACAGAGAGGCAGUGUUGCUCUGAGCAGUGUCGGUGAGAGGACACCACACAGACUGAUGGGAAAAUCAGUUGACCCUGCCAAGCCCCAAACCGCUACUGCAACUUCACUGAGAACAAAUCAAGAAAAUCCCAUGUGAUGCACAGACUACAACACAAACCUCUAGUUAAAACUUAUCUUAAAUGCAUGUUUCUCCUGUUACUGAGAUGAGUAGAAAUAUUUAUGUACAUUUCCUAGCUGCUCAAAGUGAUUGUGAUUGCAGUUGUAUGGCUUUGUACCAUUUUUUUUGUUUGUUUGUUUUUUAAAUACACAUUGUGUCUACUAGUACUCUUACAUGGUGACAGAUAAUAAAUGAGUAUUCUGGGUAAAUUGUAUAGUAAUAUAUCAAUCCAUAAUUAAUUAUUGGCAAAAAAAAAAAGGAAAUAUUUAAAAUUGAUGAAACAGAUUAGAGCUUGAAGGGUUAUACUGUAAGUGAACAUGUGCAUACAUACCUUAGAGAUGAGAGAUUUCAAAGAGGUUUACAUUCCAUCUGUGUUAUUAGAUCUGUGUCACUCAGAAAGCAGGAAAUCAUUUACAGGUUAACAACAGUUUUGAAUCUCAAGCUCUUUGUUUUGAAACCAGCAUAUGGUCACGACUCCUGACCAUACUUGAAUAAAAAAAUAAAUUUUUAAAAACACACAUAGAGAUUGAGAGAGGAACACUGAAAACUGUUUUUUCUUCAUUUCAAAUUAUAUAAUCAGAAACAAACUGAGUGAAAGUUUAACUAAAAUAAAAUUAGACGCCAUCCUAUAUUUGAUCUUAUGAUUAUUUAUAAUAAUAAAGGGUCACACUUUAUAUUAGGUGGCCUAAACUACUAUGUACUUACAUCAAAAAAUGUACAAUGUACUUAUUGUGUUCAUACUGUAUUACAAAACACUUUUGCUGCUAUUGAGGUGAGAUACUGGUAAGGUUAGGGACAGGUUUGGUGGUCUGGGUAGGUUUAAGGGUGGGUUAA